AGUUCUGCGCUUGAUGUUGGGGGAUUAGUUACGUAGUAGAGAAGACUGCAACAUUCUUCCAUAUAAGUAGAUCGAUGAUGUCUGGGGCAAGUUAUGCAGUGUGAUCUUCACAGCUCUUUGUCUGACUGUUUAAUCGAGUAUAUGCAUAUUUUGAAAAUCGACCUCACCGCUCAUCGAUACCAUCCAUGUGUUCAGCUUAGCAGGAAGAGGCCGCUAGAGUCUUCAUGUCAAUCUCUUCAGUUCACAUCCAGCUGUGUACAGCACUACAACUUGAAACUCUCCAUGGAGCACGGCAAACCAUGUCAUCUGGAAUACUUGUGUGAUCAAGCUAAGAAGAUUCAUCGGUCGAAUCACUAUCAGCCGGCGUGUAUUUGUGCAGGUUAAACUCUCGAAUAUGCAAGAGACUUCAAGCUCAAGCUAUGAAGCAAUGAAUACCAAUGCGAAAGCUAACAGUUGUGUAUGUUGGAGGCCUAAUUUGUCUUCGCACACUCUGCACAUCCACCUCAUGGAAGCAUGAAACAAGCACAGCACAGCACAGGGGUUUCAUGACAGAAGUUGAAUCCGGGUCUUCUGGAUCUAUGAAGCGGAGUUUCAUAUCUGGGCUAAGUAUGGACGAUUUCUCAUUUUUGACCAAUCACCCGAAGGCAACAUAACUUUACAAUUCAUGGAAGAAACUGGUUCUGUAUCUCCUUGUGGACGCAGGUUUAAAGCUGCAUCUGAACAGGAUGUUGCAAAUGCUGGGCUCGCGCAAGCGAUGUUGCAAUGCAGGAAUACGACGCUGGUGAUCUGAAGCAGAGAUGCAGAUCGCAAGGGCUGCACAAAGGAAUAGGAUCACAAUAACAAGGGUUGUAUCAAGCUUCCAUGCUUUUCUUUCGCCAAAGUGUGUGGAUUCGGUGUCAUCUUGAUCGUAGGAUUAGUUUUGAGUAUUCCUUCACGAUGAAAUCGCGUUGUUUAGGAAACUAAUGGCAUCGUUUCCAUUGUCACUUCAUCGAGAUUGAGAUUAAGGCCACGAAGGCGAUAUGCGGUAAAAAGGUUAGCAUGAAGUUUGCCGUCGCAAUUUUUAUUGUCAAGAUCACAACCCUGAACACCAGCAAAGUUGCCACGCCAAAUAUAAUCUCAAAGUUGGCUUGCUGUGUAGCCUCAUAAACUGCAAGGAGGAAAGACUGUGAACACUCGAAGGAAGCACUCCAGAUAAGUAAUAAACCAUUGGUCCCGAGUCGUAGGAAGCCCUAUACCGGGGGUGGAAUCCAAGAUAGCGCUUGUUCCCAACGCGAAAGUGAUGAAAUUUAGCGAGUUUAGAAGUUUUCCUUAAUCUACUUAGUGUAUUCGAAUGGCUGACAUAUAUCUCUCAACGCCAAUGUUUGUUUAGCUUUCUCGAAGUUAUGAGAUGGCAUCCUUUAAUUCGUUACGGAAGACAAAAAGAGCCAGAAACUUUCUUCGUUACAUCAAUAUACCACUGAAAUUGCUCUCAGAAAGAGACAAACCCGUGAGAUACAAACAACCAUUGAUACCACAGAUUAGCUUUUAUUGAGUAAAUCAUCUGAUGUCCAUUGCGAUAAAAAAGUUGCGGAAGCUGGUCACAAAAGUCAUCCAUAAACGCCAGACUUCUGAAAAGUGACUGAAGCACGUUUGAAGUUGUCUUGUUUACGUAUGUUGGUCUAAUUGUCAUUUUGGAAGGCAAAAGUUCUGUUAAUAUUUUUUUCAUUUUGACGGCUUUGAAUUGAAGCUCUGCGCUGACAGAGCUUCAGCUUCAGUAGAUGACAGAGCCCAUUGAUCACGUCGAGAAUACAAGUCUGAAAGCCGAAAGUGCACACGAGUUGUGAAAGUGGUUGUAACUGACACAUUGUAUUGUUAGAGUUUGAGUGUGAGGCUUUUGCUAGGAUACUGAUGGGACCCUUGCUGUUUUAAAUCGUUUCUAGUGAGAGUGUCCCAUCAGAUAAUAGAGGCAUGGCAAGUUUUGGGUCUCAGAUGACUCACUGCCAACG